UCAGCCAGCACGCACGCGCAGUCUUACACCAACCUCUUACAGAGGCACGUCUACCUCUUUACCGGCUCUACACACCUGCCUACCUCUCCCCUCCAUACGUGCUACACACCUGCCUAUCUCUCCCCUCCAUACGUGCUACACACCUGCCUAUCUCCAUACAAAACUGCGCCUCCCUCAGAGGCGCAGUAACAGAACAAUUGUGUUAUCGCUAUUUACCAGAAAAUAAUAGAAAGGAAUCUGUCGAUUUUCAUAGCACUCAGACGAUCUUAAGUGACAAUUAAAAUUGUAUACAAUCAUUCCGACUCCCCCAUACACCAGCCUUCAUCAUCCUCGCCAGUGUUCUCAACGUCAAGAAACUGGCGUACUAAAGUGCCCCCUUAUCCUAACCUACCAGAGGAACCCACCAACAGAAAACGUGACUCUACGCCAAUUUCGCGACCUGCUACCAAUUUCCAGCAUGCCAGGUGUUGGCCCUAGGUAGACUAUACGUCAAAAUGCGACGUGCUAAUGGGAGGACGGGCUGCAUGAUCAUCGCUUCAACGGUGCUGCUUCUGGCUCUAACAGCUGUGACGACGUCGAGGGAAGAAGAGGUUCAAGAACAGCCUCACAGGGGUUCGAUGGCCGGCCAGGACGGCCAUCACCAGGUCCUCCUGGGCUUACAUGGCGACCACCUUUCAAAGGUCAAGCCAAAGCUGGCACUCGACCCCACACCCGAAGACGAUUAUGAACCAAAUGUCAGUCAACGGUGGAUGGUGGAGCCAAGCUUGGGAUCCUCAAGGUUGGACGAUGUUGCUGUCGCCCGGGGGACAAAGACAGACCAUGAGUACGACCCUCCGGCCGAAGAGGCCAAGACUGAGGCUGAGGGUGUCGAGGACGAGCGUGUCGAGGACGAGCGUGUCGAGGACGAGCGAGUCGAGGACCAAGAUGAUUCCGUAAUUAACGACGAGGAGUUUUCAAAGAAUCUUGAUGAACUCGGUUGCCACAUCAAGAAUUUCCUUCAUCGGGAGGAGUGGCGUGGAGGGGUCGCUGGAGCUCGGGAGGCCGUCCUCAACUUCCCUCAAGCUACCUUGUUGGCCAGUUUGGUCGGCCUCGGCUCCGGCACCUGGGCCAAUACCGUUAUUUCUGUCCUCUUCUUCGGCUGGCCCUUCCUCCUGCUGCUCCUCUACGUCGCCCUCAUCUUCGUCUACCCGAACAGGAAGAGCGACAACGCCUUCGAGAAACACAUGUCAUCUAUGAUAGAGUCGUGGUCUCACUUGAUGUACUCGGUGGAGGACAACUUCUUACAGUUCAUGGAGGACGUGACGGACCCGGGCGAGGCUACCGACCCGCACUACCCGAAGAACACCCCCGCCAUCGACUACCAUGACCGCAUGGCUCUCUACUUCGGCCCCACCGACUACCAUGACGACGGCGGGGACAACGCUCAUACCCAAAACACUGGUGGUCUCCAUGGAGGACAGACACACACUGACCGCUUCCAGAGUCCAGCUAUUCAAUCCACUUUCGUCGAUCCGUCCACCGACUUUAUCAACCCUGUGAUGUCCUUCCGUCCCGAGCACUCAGAGCCCCUGAGAAGCCAGUAUAACGGAGAUAUAUCCAGGCUGACAAACGAUUACAAUAUCCAGAAUAAAAUUGCUCAGAAGGACCGGCAAAACUUUGUGAACGUGGUACUGGAGGCACAGUUCCAGCACGCGAAGCCCUCCAGCUCCCUCGCCGACCACAAUGUUGUAAGGGGCUCCGUCUCGGGGGACGUGGCCCAUCACCCACAACCCCCCGAAGUCACGCCGGCCGUCGACGCAAUCCGCCAAAGACUUUGACGAAAUUAACUUCAAUGAGAAUGUGACAUUUCGCCUCAGGACUUCAACCAACAGCUCAUCUCACUUCCGACUUGUAAUUGGCGACCAACCGUCCCUGGAAGAACACGAUUGGCUGGCUGCUCCUUGGCCCUCGAGGAUUACCGUGAAAUCCAGUAAUUCUUCGCAAAGCGUGCAGCAGUCGAAGGCCAGGAUCUCAAGCAGUAAUGAAUCGGGAUCAGAGGCUAGCAGGAGGAAGGAAGAGGUUGAUGAGACUGAAAGGGAUGAAAACUUUACCCAAAAUAUUGCGUCUUGAUAAGUUGCUUUAUAAAUAUACCUCCCACAUGCUUUCUCAGUUUUCACGUAACUGAAGAGGAAAGACUAGAUGUGCUCUAAAAAAAAUAGCUCGGUCAAUAGAGCUUCGGUCUCACACACUAGGGGUCCAGGGUUCGAGUCUCAUAGAGCCCAGGUGAAUGGAAGGUCGAUAGGCUCUACAUAACACCGUCAUUAUCUGACAUUGUAUGCAAUGUCAGAUAAUGUCAAUGUCAGCCUUCUUCACCACCUUCGAGGUCAACCCCGGAACUCACAGAUCCUGCGACGGUGCUGGAACCAAUCGUAUUGGCGUAUGCCUUUCCACUGGAGACUUUC